AUGAAGGUAUCACCCACCAUUCAGUCUGGCCGAGUCGGUCGACCCAAGUCUAAAACCGGGUGCAAUACUUGCAAGGCCCGCCGUGUCCGAUGUGGAGAAGAAAAGCCUCAUUGCUUGAGGUGUACUAGUACCGGUCGCAAAUGUGCUUACGUAUCGACCCUUGCACCACAAAGGAUUGACUCGCCGCCGCGUCAACUUGCUCUAUUUUCUCAUCAAGGAUGGCGAGAGCGGCGCGCAUUUGAGUACUACUUCCAUCAAGCUGGUCCAGCUCUUUCUGGUGUUCUUGAUGUUGCAUUUUGGCGAGGCUCUGUCCUCCAGAUCUGUCGCAUGGAGCCGGCAAUCUGGGAUGCUAUUAUUUCGCUCAGCUCGCUCUAUGAACGACCCCCCAUUCAUGACGCUUCGCCGUUUCGUCUUAUCAACAACCCUGCCGAGGUAGAACAUUCCUAUCAUCGUGAAGCUCUGGUUUGGUAUUCGCGUUCAUUGGCUGCUGUACAGCAGCGUAUCGACCAGGGCGUGGCGGAUCUGACCGUGUCACUUAUCAGUUGCAUCCUGUUCAUUGCCAUUGAGCUCUUACAAGGCAAUCGAAAAGCAGCGAUGAGCUUAACCAGUCAAGGCACGCGAAUGGUAACCAGGGCGAUGACACCCAUAGGGCAUGGUUCCAAGAACAGAGCCUCGAUAGAUCGCGCAAUUCUUAUUUCGGUGAUCAAGCCAAUAUUUCAGCGUUUAGACACGUGGAAUCUAAUAACAAGCGGCGCGCCCAGCAACUUUAAUUGGCCUUUGGAUAUUUCUCCCUCAAUUGUCCGACUAACGACGCUCGAUGAAGCUCGAAACGUUCUCAAUGGGAUCGUCGCAGAGAUGAAGAAAUUCAAUAUUGACACCAAGCAACAUUGGAAGUACCCAGCGGACAGGCGUCUACGCGAUGCCCAGGGCCUUGCAACAAAACAGAGACAACUUAAAGAUAGCCUGAAUCUGUGGCAUGAAUCUUUCCUUUCUCUGGCCACCUCCGACCAGGACGCAAGCGAAGGCGGCGGUACUGCACUACUGCUCAUGACCUAUUUCAGUGUUCUGAUUGAGAUUCAAACCUGUCUUGAUCCCAGUCAAGCUGCAUAUGAUAAGUUCGAAGCCGAAUUCAGGCAGAUUAUCAAUUACGCGUCUGUAGCGAUAGCUGCCACAAGAAAUACUGACGGCCACCAACCCCCUUUCAUCUUCGAGAUGGGAGUCUUCCUCCCACUCUUUAUCACCGCUCUCAAGUGUCGAUUCCCUCAAUUGCGUCGUCAAGCCUUGUCCCUACUGAACGAGGCACCGCCGGCGCAGGGAUUAUUCAUGUGCAGGCCUGCAGCCCACGCCGUGGCGGUUCUCGUAGCAUUGGAGGAAGAUCCCAGCACCGCUCUGGAAGUUUCGGGGGUAAGCGCAGUACUCGCCAAGCCAGGGUGUAUCCCACCCUUGCAGAACCGAAUCUGGGAAUUCAAUGUCUCGUCUGACAUGGAUUCACAAGGAAGAACGCGAAACUGGCUUCAUUUCAGUCUACGGGAUUUUGGCCAGGAUCAGAUCCGAUUCACUCAAAAUGUCAUGCUCUUUCCUGGAGCUCAACCUUGA